AUGUUAGUUUCGAUUACGAUGCAAGAAUCCGCAAUACAACCUCCCAGAAACUGCGUCAUCGCUAAAGAUUCACCAUCUUCUUCGUCUUCCUCUUCUUCUUCUUCUCAGCCUAAAAAGAAUCUGAUCAAUCAGGUUAAAGAACAGUCUAUUAUUGAAGAAGAUGUCUCCAGAUCUCAACCAAGUGGAAGCCAAUCAGAUGUUUCGAUCCAAAUACCUCCAAGACCUUCGCCGAGUGUAGGAAUCUUGCGAAAUUUGAGCCUGAAAAGGAAAGCUUCUCUGCCCAACUACGAGAGGAGAUUGCUACUAAGUCCCAGCAUUACAGAAACCACUGAGAAGCCUCUUGUUACAAGCUCGAUUACUUCACCUUAUUGGAAAAGAUGUUUGUCACUUCCUUCUACGAAUGCUGCUAAACUGUCUCUGGUUAUAUCUACACCGCCUGUUUCAGCUGUGGUGCAUAGCGAACAAACUAGAUCCAAUGCGAGUAAUGAUGGUGUUCAUCCAUCGGUUUCAAGAUCCUUGUCCAUGCCGGGGAGAAACAAAGUGAUUGUACGAGCUGUCUCUUUUAACAACAACAAAGACCACAUUUCGAGUGAAGCAAGUGGCGGUGACCUCAGACUCGUUCAUGAGCACUGUGCCAUCAAGUGGUUUAGUACAAAGGGAACUCGAAUCUGCGAUGUUUGCAGACAAGAAGUCCGAAACUUGCCAGUGAUUUUGCUUCGUGUCCCAACCAUUAAUCAACUUACCAGUAGGCGGGAACUCACUCAACAGAAUCCACAGCCACAGACCAUUAGUGUCGGGCAAGAGUUUGUAGUGCUUGUACUCAUUAGCACAAUCUGCUACUUCUUCUUCCUUGAACAUUUACUGAUUCGUGACUUGAAUUCACAGGCUAUCUUUGUCGCAGCGCCAUUUUCAUUCACCUUAGCUCUCUUAGCCUCAACUUUUGCCGUCAUCCUCGCUAUCAGAGAAUACAUAUGGACAUACGCAGCUCUUGAGUUUGCACUAGUGGCCUUGCUCGUUCAUCUGUUAUAUGCUACAUUUGGUGUGCCGGUUAUCUACUCAAUGCUUUUCGCUGGGAUUCUGGGUUUCGGGAUGGCAAUGUGCUUAAACUUGCUGUGCAUUUGCUAUUCCUCUCGGCUUGUGCGGGUUCCACAGAACCAGAACUUAGUAUAA